CGCGAACGGUUUCUCGUAUAAAUAGUAUGCCUGGAUGAAGAAAUGUACCAUUCAAGUAGUGAAUCUCCGUGGAAGAUCAUUCUAUUUUCGAAUAUUUCUACUAACUAAAAGUGACAGAAUGCAGUUUCUCUACAUUUUACCCGCAGUCUUUCUCGUGGUCGUUGCUCAAGAGUACUAUGAACCACAGCAAGUACUAGAUACUUAUCCAGAAUGGUACGUGCAAAGUCAUCCAAGAGAGCGCCGUGACGUUACUUACAUAAAGAGGACCGCAGAUGGCCGUUUCAUCGGAACACUUGGAGAAAAUGAAGCUGGUUUAUUCGGAAGAGGUGCGUACCAACACCAGAUCUUCAAUGACAACCGUGGUAAAAUGGACGCUCAAGUGUACGGCACGCGUGUGCUUGGCUCAGCUGGUGACUCCACACAUCUCGGAGGCGCACUCAAUUGGCAAAAUCCUAACGCAGCUGCGUCUCUUGAUAUCAGCCGACAGAUCCAUGGUGGCACUUCUUAUCAGGCAGCUGCUGGUGGAAAGUGGCCCGUUGGCAAGAAUGGUGACAUCUCCGUCCAGGGAACGUACGGUCGCCAACAUGGGCUACCUCACGAGUAUGGAGCCAUGGCCAACUUUAACUACAAAUUUUGAAGUGCUUUUAUGCUUCUACCGCCUACCACCAUGUCAUGUGUUGAAUACUGUAAAUAGUAUUUUAUAUUUACUAUUCUUUGAUUAAGAUUAUUCAUAAAUAUUCUGUGAUUUGUAA